AUGAUUCGCGACUUCGAAGCAUGGAACGCCAACUUUGAGGAGCUAGGAGAUCUACAUGAGCUCAACGGCUGUCGCGUGGGCAUCGAAGCCGCUGACUAUCUUAACCACCGUAUUCUCAACCACCCUCGCGCAAAAGAGCCGCUCGUCCCCGCGCUCGGAGGGCUCCCGUUGGCGUUGAAGCAACAUAUCGAAGAGGACCUGGACACGUUCGCAAGUCUCCAGAUUGAGCCGCGAUUCGUCUUCAGUGGGAUAGACAUAGCAAAGCCAGAUGAUCCAUUCCGGCAAAAGCAAAUGGAGGCUGCCACAAACGCCGAGGCCUGGAACCUGUACGACAAUCAUCAGGCUGAACCAGCUGUCGACAAGUUCGGGCAGUCCAAAUACGUCACAGCCGAAGACCUCUUUCGCGCACUACAGUCCGUUCUUGUUGAAAGAAAUAUAUCGUUCGAGGUUGCGCCGUACAGUGCAUGGGCCCAGCUUGCAUAUCUCGAGAAAGAAGCCAAGGUCCAUGCCAUCUCAGGCGCCUCUGAAAUACUCCUCUUCGAAUGCGAGAAGGUCAUAACUCAGUGGAAUUUUGAGGAAAAGACAUUCUACUUCACACGGCGAUCGAAAUGUAUCGCCGACCUCGAGAAGUUUGCGGGCAAUGGGAAGAUCACAGAAGACAUUUUCGUGGAUGCUCUCUUACUCGCUGGGACUUCAUUUCUCCCAACCCUGCCAAGCCUCAACACACCAAACCGAACGGAGCUGCUGAAGCCGCACAGCGCGAUCAAGAUGAUCAUGAGUAAUGGUAGAACAGGUUAUUCUGUAGUCAUGAACAACCGAGAGGAUCCACGGUUCGAACAACUGAACUACCUUGACAGGUAUCGCAAAGCGCGCCUGGCCGUCAAAAACCACCCAAUCUUCACAACGGAUGGCGAUUACAAGCCUCUGAACUCGGGUUCUCUGCCAAACGAUGCGCACGAAUACCUCGGCGCGCGACUUCCAAACGAAGUGUAUUACUAUCUGUCUCAGGGUCUCAUCAACGCGCGCAUCCUCCAAUGGCGCACUACUUGCGAAAUAUAUGAAGUCCCACCGAUGGACGGAGUCAGUCCGCUCCGAACAGCAGCCAUCAAUCUUCUCUCAAGCGCCCUGCACAACUGGUACAGACACAAGGAUCUGACCCUGAGAUGUUGGUUCCCGGAUUCUACAGGGAAGCCUCAGUCGAGCGUUAUCAGUAUGAAAGGUUUACCUGAGACCUCCACGCUUGUCGACACCUGGAACGUGAAAGAAGCCACGUUCAAAUCUGUUGUCGCAAAACAUGAAGGAUGUGGUCAUCUUGGCGCUGCCAUUCUCGCCUUGCAAGACACUGAAUUCGUUCCCAAGACAGUCGGCAAGAAGGUCCUCAAGAACCCGUUAUCCUCACUCGACGAGAUUGUAUAUAACUCCAUAUGGCGCUUCCUUGCAUCACGAGACUAUAUCGACGCAAACCACAACCUGACCUCAUGGGGCAAGUUCCUUGCGACUGUCAUUGCCAGUCUUAAGGGCAGAGCCGAGCUUGAAGACGCUGCUGUACUCGCUGUUGAAAUGCUUCGUCUGGGUCUUUUGAACGGCGAUAUCAACAUGUUCCCUGAGUACAAUGGCGCACCGAUGCGCGGUAGCCAGCAAGACCGAGACGCCAAUAUGCUCAUAUCUCGUAUUGCUGGUCUUAGUAUCUUGCAUCACCGACCGAUCGGCUUUACGGGGCCUCUCAGUCAGCACCUUCUCGGUUACAACUCGAUCGUGAAUGUCGUCCGUCAGACACUCCGUGACCUGAUCGAAGUUGCAUCCACACAAAUGUUCUUGACCGCUUGUUGCGAUCGGAAGACUGAUCUCAAAGUCGUUGCUAUGAAAUUGCCCUUCCUUCUACCCAACAACUGCGCCCUGAGUAUUGCCGUAAAGUCUUAUUUGGACGAGCUACUCAGUAACGAUGCGGACCCAACAUCACCAUCAACAAAGUCGAGAGUCGUCGAGACAGCUUCUACGCGUUACUUUCCACAAUCCCUGGACUUACCCGGCGACCUACAGACUGCGUUUGCGUUGUGGGACGCCAUCUACAGUGGCGUCAAAGCAGGUGGCAGUAUCGUACCGGAACCAAGCAAAAGUCUCUGGACGGAGACGAAUUCAUGGUUAGCUGCGAGGCGAUAG